GCAGUGGUUGUAGCGGGACGGCUUGUGAUGAUGUACAAGCGUGUGUGGUGUUAACAUUCGUCAUUUGCCUUUUGCUCGGUUUUCUGCUUCGAACAUCAGGUGGUGCACUGGUAUGCACGAAGGCAGGGACGAUAUGGCAUACGCCAUUGUUGAUUUCAUUGAACGAGACGAGGUUGGAAUUGUUCCUUGUUCAUGGAUACACAACAAUAGCUGCAAGUGGCCAAACCAUCCGUCACACAUUGUCGACAAGAUGGUGAAAAAAGCUUCUCCUCCUGGAGACAUCUGUGACGACCUUGAAAUCCAAGUGAAAGGCUUAUUCACGAGCUGGAAUGAUGCACGAAAAAUGCUCCCUCGUGCGGAGUACCACUCCGACCUGAACGACGGCCCCUUUCCGUCAAAAAGAAUCCGACGUGCAAGAGUGAUCGACACUGACGAGGAAGAUGAUGAAGACCAGUUCCCGCGGGUACCAGACAACUUUGGUAGAGCUACACCACGUCCUGGCACACAAUGCUCCACCACCAAGUUACCACAGCGCAAUGGAGGCUCACAGCAUGCAGGGCGACAAGUUGCAAAGCAUCCUGCCGUUGAACCUUCACUACAUCGUACGAACGUAAACAUCUCUUAUGCAGGGGGAGAAUCUCCUCCUAGGUCGGGAUCCACAGAACCAUUGAUCUGCGAGUCGCAGCCAUUUGUACUGUCCAGUGGUGUACCAUCUGAAAGCAGCAGGCGUACCUGCGAACUUGAUGAAGGCCUCUAUAUGCAAACCCCAGCAGGUACAACAGCUGAAGGUGGUUCAAGCAAACACAUGACAAGGGGACAUCAGGCAUUGCCAUAUUACGAGUUCCAACAACAGGUCCUAAAGAGCCUAAACAUUUUGCGUCUUGGAAUGCAACAACAAAGCGAGCUUUUGUCCAGCCUCGUGCCUCUACAGACUUCCCUUACUUAGGUUCCAAAGUUGCUUGAAAGUCCACUGAACUCUGUAGAAGAACUGCAGUUAUUUGAGAAGGAACUUACACCGGAACGUCAAAAGCAGCUGAUACUGGAGCUCUCCCUCCUCGGGGGCAAUGCAGCAAAGCUUGCAGUGCGUCGCAUAAUGGCAUAUUGUGAGGAAGAAGAUGCUCACCGGCUGUACUCGUCCUUCUUCCACAACCUAACAUUUGGUGGAGGUGCGGUACUAUCCCUUCUACCUCUCGCACCGUUAGACGUCGCCAUCUUCGUCUAGACGCAUGUUCUUACAAACCACCUUGGGCAGCAGUACAGCUGGGAAGGGAAGAAGGGCAAGUUGUCAUUCAAGGACCUGUGCCUUCCAAGCAUAAUUUUGCGCACAAUCCACUCCCACAAAAAGCUGUCGCAAACUACAAGGUACGAGGUCGAGCAGGAAAUCAAACAGUGGCUACGACAUGCAAGGGAAAGAGCAGAACGAUCAAAGGGUCAAAGCAGUUAAAGCUGACUGCUCAAAGAAGGCCCGUCAUCUUUCUCCUAGUCAACCUCAUCCCCUGCUAAAGCUACAGCUCAUUCAACUGCCAUUCAUAUGAUUCCGGGUUCUGCACAGCACUUCAUUGGAUUGGUACAUACGACGCUUCUGCACGUUAAGCUCUGUGAUGCGAUGUUUUGUUGCACUCUAGUCAGCCAUGUGCACAGGUACUGCCACGUACUGCAGGUAGUUACAUGAUCUCUCUGCACUGCCUCGAGUCAAAACUAACCUGGGAAGUAUGGCAACAGUGCGGACAUCUUUGUUCUUAUCUCCCGUCAGUUUUUAGAGGGCAGGUAAUAAGUUUUCCGUGAGCAAUGAUAAUUGUUGCGUUAUUGUCGCUGCCCAUCACUUUUAGCUGGGUUCGAGUUAAAAGAAGGCUCUGGAGGCAAUCUCAUUUACAUGCACUAGCGUACACUGCUGCUUUAUAAUUUAACUUUGCCUCUAAGACUGCGUGCUUCCUUAAAAGCUGAAGGGUACCUCAGUAGCCUGAGAUUGAGGGGUUCGAGGCAAAUACAGGGUAUAUUUCCUGAACAGAUUUUUUCUGAACAUGUGACAGCUGCACAGGUACACACUGACUCUGUCACUUCUGUCCAAUUUAAGUAACUGUGAACUCGGCAGAUGGUGAUAUGGUUUGAAAUCAGGAUCCUUAAAAUCCUUAAAAAGCAUAGUUGAUUAAGUGUUCGGUAGAUUCAUACUGCCUAGUAGAAAGUUUCUGCCUGGUAUGAGUAGACUGUAAAAAUGGUGCCUGUGCAGCCAUCACACAUUUUUCAAUGAAAAAUCUGUUUGGAAGGAAAAGUAAGUGCAAUUUUGUUCAGGGUGCUUGCCAACCCGACAUCAUAUUCGACCUUGAUAUUUCUUUGUUUGCAUUUGAAAUAUGUAGUUGAUGUCUACAUGCUGUACCUGAUAGUCAUUCCACAAGUAUUGUAUCCGAGGUUCGUUAGUUGUGAAAUGUUUGUUUCACUUCUUCUCAAAUGGCAUGUGAAUUAUAAUUGUCACCGUAUAAAUAGACAGACAAGCGAUAACCGUUCACUUGCUGCUAAUAUUCAGUGUCACCUUAACCAGCUUUGUUUAAUGAACGGACAUAUAUCCACUCUUUGUUGUCACAUCUAUCCAUCAAAUGUAUGUUACAAUGUUUGAAGGUUCUCUGUUUUGUGCCGCAUACAUAUAUAUUUUUAUCUCAAUAUUUCUCGAACCUGAUGCAGAGUACACAACAUUUUUACUCACUUCUGUUUUCCUAAGGUGCAAACGAGCACUGUACAUGUAUGUUUUGCCAUUUUCAGUGUAGCAGACAUGCAGCACUGUUUGCAAUUUGUUUACUUGGAUUCACACAAAUGUACGCCGGAAAUUUGGCGUUCCCAUAAAGGGCACACAGAAGCUGUGUGAAACGUUCUCUAUAUUAUACUGGAGUGCCUCAGUGUGUGCCAUUACAGCAGCGUUUGGAGACCAAUGUUCUUCUGAUUAUUUUGCCAGCACAUGCACAUCAUCUGUUGCAUAACUUGUAGCAUUUUUACGUGUAGUGAAUGCCAUUAUCUGAACUGCGAGGCACCUAUUUUAUGUGUAACCUGACAUUUUAUUUUUACUGAGCGUACUUAGUGUACUUAUUUUU